GCCGCCCGCCCGGCCCAGCUCCCGCCGCGAUCCCUCGCCUCGCCCCCGCCCGGCCAGCCCGGGGGCGCGCAGGGGGCAGGGCGGGCGUCCCGGCGAAGCCCGAGGGACGCCCGCGCGGGGCCCCUUUGUGGACUUCACGACCGCCAACAUCUGGGCGCAGCGCGGGCCACCGCUGGCCACCGCGCCGCCGCCGCUCCUUGGGGACCGUAGGAGGGGCAGCCCCAAGGCCAGAGACUUCGGUUUGGGACCAGCCCCCCGGGAUGCGGUAGCGGCCGCUGUGCGGAGGCCGCCGAGCAGCUGCAGCCGCCGCCGCGCAGAUCCACGCUGGCUCCGUGCGCCAUGGUCACCCACAGCAAGUUUCCCGCCGCCGGGAUGAGCCGCCCCCUGGACACCAGCCUGCGCCUCAAGACCUUCAGCUCCAAGAGCGAGUACCAGCUGGUGGUGAACGCAGUGCGCAAGCUGCAGGAGAGCGGCUUCUACUGGAGCGCGGUGACGGGCGGCGAGGCGAACCUGCUGCUCAGCGCCGAGCCCGCCGGCACCUUCCUCAUACGCGACAGCUCGGAUCAGCGCCACUUCUUCACGCUCAGCGUCAAGACGCAGUCGGGGACCAAGAACCUGCGCAUCCAGUGCGAGGGGGGCAGCUUCUCGCUGCAGAGCGAUCCUCGGAGCACGCAGCCAGUGCCCCGCUUCGACUGCGUGCUCAAGCUGGUGCAUCACUACAUGCCGCCCUCCGGCGCCCCCUCCUUCUCCUCGCCCUCCUCCGAGGUGCCCGAGCAGCCGUCGGCCCAGCCGCUCCCGGGGAGCCCCCCCAGGAGAGCCUAUUACAUCUACUCGGGGGGCGAGAAGAUCCCUCUGGUGUUGAGCCGGCCCCUCUCCUCCAACGUGGCCACUCUCCAACAUCUCUGUCGGAAGACCGUUAACGGCCACCUGGACUCCUAUGAGAAAGUCACCCAGCUGCCUGGGCCCAUUCGGGAAUUCCUGGACCAGUACGAUGCCCCCCUUUAGAGAGCAAAGGGCAGGGGUAGGGGCUAGGGGCCCGGGUCCCCUCUCCUCCAUGGCACAUGGCAUAAGCACAAGAAUCCAGCCGUGAGAGUCCUGCAGCUCUGGGUGAGCUAGGGGGCGGACAGGCCCCUCCUUCCGGUCCUCCCCCACGCAGAACUGGGCGGGUGGUACCUGGAAUGUGUUUGAGGGGAGGGGGAGAGCCACCUGAGCGCCCCUCCCCGACGCCAGCUUCCCCGGAGGAGCCGGCUGGCCCAGGGGGACCACAGCAACGACCUCAGUGGAUUCUCUCUCCUCUCCCGCUUUCUCGACCCCCCUGCGCUUCCAAACAGGGGACAUUGCGGGCGUGUUGAACUGGUGAGAACUGCCGGGGAAUCUUCGAACUUUCCAAAGGAACUUGUUUGCUCUUUGAUUUGGUUUAAAACAGAGCUUUAAACCUGAGCAGGUCGCGGGCCUGGAAAAGGGUGGACGAGAGAGAGGGCGCCUCAGGGGUCCAGGGCUACCGGCUGGCCAAGGAAAUGGUCACCCCCAUCGCCCAGCCCAGGUGAGGAGGGUGGCUGCCUGCUCCACCUCUGGCACUGGGGAGAAGGGCAAGAGGUGACCUGAAGGGGAUUCUGCUCCCCCUCUUCCUCCCCCUUCGGACAGCCACCAGAAACACCGGUCCUAGAGUCCAUCUAACGCUGGAGAGCCCAGGGCCCUUCCCCCAUUUUAAGGGGGUAGUGGCAUUUGGAAGGGGAUGGACGGCUGGUCAAUUCUUCUUUCCCCACCUGUGCUAUACCUUUCGGCACCUGGGGGGUGGGGCUGGAGGAGAUGGAGAUGAGCCACCUUUGACCCCAGAUCCUGGACAGAGAAGAUGGGGGAUUCUACAUUGUGCCUCCUGACUAUAUCUGGCUAGGAGAUUUGCCUUAAAUGCUCCCUGUCCCAUGGAUAGGGACUGGUACACAAGAAGCCACACAGCCAAUCCAGUCAGAGGCCAAGAGAUUCUCAGAGGGGCGCAUACACCAGCCACACACCAUUUGGCGGGGGAGGUCGGAGAAGGAUGGGGGGGAGGGGCAGAGAUCCAUGCCUUCCACCUGAGCGCAGGAAGAAUGCCAGCCCAGUUGGUACUGGCCGGCCAGUGGUGCCUGGGCUCUGGCCAGAGCAGAGCCACCAGGCUCCACAGCCCCCCAGACCCUGCACAGCCCUCCCUCCUCACCCUGGGGGACUGGCACAGGCAGGAAGUCAUCGAGAGGCCCUGCCACCCAGCUGCUCCCGCUCUGCAAUAGCACUGAUCAGUGAAAACUUACAGGAAUGUAGCAGAGAUGGAAUUACCUGGAACUGUUCCUUUUUGGGGAAAACUAAACACACAAAGUUUUCUGUGUCAGGUAUUGGGCUGGAUGGGGCAGCUGUGUGUUGGGGUUUUUCUUUUUUUUUUCCUGUUAUUUUGUUUGGGUUUUGUUUUUGUUUUUUAAUAAUGUUUACAAUCUGCCUCAAUCACUCUGUCUUUUAUAAAGAUUCCACCUCCAGUCCUCUCCCCUCCCCCCACCCAGGCCUUCGAGGCUGAUAGGAGAUGCUUGAAGAACUUAACAAAAUACCAAUCCAAGUCAAACUUUGCACAUAUUUAUAUUUAUAUUCAAAAAAGAAACAUUUCAGUAAUUUAUAAUAAAGAGCACUAUUUUUUAAUGAAAAACCUGACUUGAGCCUUUCUCCCCCGCCCCUCCUCUGCCUUGCUCGCUCUUUCACCCACACCUACACUCUACAUCAGAGGGCGGCGGCCUCUACCGCCUUGCUGCCCUGGCGCUCCUCGUGAUGGAAUCAAACACUCGGCUUCACGUCACUGACAAGCUAAGGCAGCCACCUAGACUGUACCGAGAGGGGUAAUUCCUGCUAGUCUGAUUCAGAUCUGACCAGAAUAUGCAAAGCAAGUUCGAAGGAAGCGCUUCAAAGGGCUUGCAGGGAGUAUAAGCUGAGCUGUGGUCAAAGCUUUUAGAGGCUCCAAGCUAUUAGAGGCGCUGGGCUCCUUGGCAGGGAGGUGUUCCGAGAAAGCCCAGACUAUGGGGUCCUGGCGGUGACCCGUGACCUCAGCACAGCCCGGUCCAUGGGAGGUGGGGGGAGGGGGAGUCCCGAUGCAAACCCUGCAUGCAGUGGGGCCCUCCCCAGGGGUAGGAGCCCCAGCCUGAGAAGUGGAUGGGGCCACACGCCUCCCAAU